GUACUUCACCUGGACGCGACGCGUGUUGGCGCCUAAAUCUGUUCACCUGCCCAUUGUCUCCUGCGGCCCAUCCAUCUCUUUCUCUUUCGCCCUUGUCUGUCUUAUAUUCUUCACCAUCUGCACCUUUGUUCUCUUUUCGCUACCAUCAUAUCCUCAUCUUUUACCUACAUUCACCUUGGCACUCUCAUCAUUACAACGCCAGGGGGCGCUCCACACUUAAACCAUAACAACCAUGCCGCGGACGCGUUCAGUGCUCGAUUCACCGGCUGUAGAACUACCCAACAAGAGGAAACCUGUAGCAGCUCCCUCAGGUCCCUCAGCUUCCAAAUCUAAACCCAAGGAAAGACUUGCACCCGUUCAAGCUCUUCCGACCCCUCCAGCGACUCGUAAACGCAAACGGGCCCGUUCUCGAAUCACAGACUCCGAUACAGAGGAAGACGAGGAACUCCCCGUCCUUGAUUCAUCGGACAAGGAGGAGAGCAAGGUGGCCAAGGGUAGAGAAGAUGUAGUAGUUCUAGGCCAUAAGAAGAGACGGACAUUCAAAUUGGACGCAAUCGCUGAGGAAUUAAGUCGACGAGCAGAGGAGGAUGCCUUCUGGACAGGCGACUCCUCCGCCUCCAUCCUUCCGAUUGUGCCAAAAUCCGUCAAGGCGACGCAGGCAGCCACUGCGAAGGAGGUUGAAAGAGGCCGGAGUCGUACUCGUUCCCCGACUAGGUCUCCCUCAUCCUCUCCUCCGGCUCACCUUCUGCGUCGGAACCGUACCGGUCUGUUUUCUCCUCCUCCCUCCCGGCGACACCCCAAGACCGUGAUAGUCCCUUGCCUUGUAACACCACCCCCACUACCGAGAACUCCUCAGCCGAAACGCAAAGCUAAAGCUCGGAAGGCGGCACCUAUCAACAAGAAACUCUUUCCGGAGCGGGACUCUCCUAACAACCCAUUCUUGGCGGAUGAGUCCCCUGACGGUGUAGCGUCUGGGAGUUCCCUCACUCCGAACCUGACAACGCCUGAGCCGUAUGUUGAGAAGCCGACCAUUACUAUGGUUUAUCGCGGCGUAAAGCACGAGUUCAUCAACCCCCUUUAUGACCCGGAUGCACCCAAUGGUGUCGCCUCGCUGCGAAACAGCCCCUCCCGACUCCCUCCAAGUGAUCCAGAUUUCUCUCCUACACCUUACUGCCCGCCAAAGCUCUUGUUCCCCGAAGCUCGCAAGCGUAACCACGCCCGUCUUCGCUCACGUACUCGCGCUUCUGCUUCACCCUCUCCUGCAGCCGACGUAUUCAGUGGCGACGGGGAAGGCGCUGAGCCGGAACCCGAGAAGUUGGUUCUUCCUUCGACACCUAAGAAAGGGAAGGGUAAGGCCAAGGCAACGGAGUUUGAACAACUCACGCCUAAGCCCCCAGCCAAAGUCAAGGCCAAACAGCAGCAGAAGUCGGAAUGGGAUAGCAGUGACGAUGAAGUCGAGAGAUCCCUCCCUGAACCUCGCUUGCGCAGAUCACCGCGGUUAAAUGGCCGUGUCAAGGACGUUGGUUAUUCUCCUCAGGCUUCACACGCAAAGAAGGCGGAGAGAACAGAAAGAGGGAGAACGAAGAAUGUGAAGGAGGUCGCCAAGUUGGCCCCGUUACUCUUCGCUUCGAGCGAUUGAACCUGAGUUUCCGUUGGCUAGCAUCCGGACUGCAUGCUCAUCUUUUAUUUCCCUUUUUCUUUGGUUUUCACCACGUUGUUCGCUUUCACUGUGCAAUUCGCCAGCGACGGGGCUUCGCAUAUUCAUAAUCCCAUCUCACCACAAUGUGAUACCGGCUCCCUGUCCUAUCCGAUCCUUUCACUAUCCCAUUGCCUCAUGACUCACCCUCUCCGCUGCGACAUCCCCUCCAUCCUACCCGUCUUCAUUCAUAUACACAUUCAUGACAUACUAUCCACCGUUUAUUCACCUUUUGCUUGUGUCUUCGUCAAUGUUUUUCAUUCCAACAUCUUCAUUUCUCUCGUGUUCCUGUGUCGAUCUUCAUGCCCCGGGCCCAAGGCUCGAUUACAUGGCAUAUUACGGUCUCAGUUCAUCUCAGG